CCCUCCCCCCCCCCCCAUGCUGGGAGAGCUGCUGGAAGCACCUCCUCUGACCCCUUCUUUCUGCAGGAAUAGGAUGAGCCAGGGGGGCUCCAACCCCGCCGCGGUGCCCCACGCCGCCGAAGACAUCCAGGGGGACGACCGGUGGAUGUCACAGCACAAUAGGUUCGUCCUGGAUUGCAAAGACAAGGAGCCCGACGUGCUCUUCGUGGGGGACUCCAUGGUGCAGCUGCUGCAGCAGUACGAGAUAUGGCGGGAGCUCUUCUCGCCGCUUCACGCGUUGAAUUUUGGGAUCGGUGGGGACACCACAGGACACGUCCUAUGGAGGCUGAAGAACGGUGAACUGGAGAACAUUAAACCGAAGGUCAUUGUCGUUUGGGUUGGAACAAAUAAUCACGAGAACACGGCAGAAGAAGUUGCGGGGGGAAUCGAGGCGAUCGUGCGCCUGAUAAACACCCAGCAGCCACAGGCCAAAGUCAUCGUGCUGGGCCUGCUACCUCGGGGAGAGAAGCCGAACCCGCUGCGGCAGAAGAACGCCAAGGUGAACCACCUGCUGAAGGCCUCGCUCCCCAAACUGCCCAACGUGCAGCUGCUGGACGUGGACGCCGGCUUCGUGCACUCGGACGGCACCAUCUCCUACCACGACAUGUUUGAUUUCCUGCACCUGACGGGAGGGGGCUACGCCAAGAUCUGCAAACCCCUCCACGAACUGAUCAUGCAGCUGCUGGAGGAGACCCCCGAGGAGAAACGAGCCGCCCUGGCCUGAGCAGCCCCCGUCGGCGUCGAGAGCAUCAUCCAGCCCAUCAGAUCAGUUCCGUCACUGGCACUACAGAAUCCUUCUUUCUUAAAGCACUUUCCAUUGUAGAGUGUUACCGGAUGUUCGUCCCUAGUGUUUUGAGGGGGAAGGCUAAUCUUUAACUGGUCUUGUACGUACGAGGGCCGGCUUGGUUGGUUUUAUUGCAGGAGGAAAUUAGCUGAAGAAGAGUUUUACUUUUAAACCAUUCCUCAUUCAAAGCGAGAACAGGACUGUCACUCUGUGCCCCUCUCAUGUCUUGUUGCUCUGUGGUUGUCCUAGAAGCCCGGUAGCCCGUCUCCGAGGGCCCGCGCGCCGCUCCUGGCCGCAGGCGUCGUGCUCUGUGUGUUAGCCUCUGAACAAGAAUCACAUUCCACUUGCAAAAGCCAGAACAGAUGCAUUUUUCCAAACUCGGUCCCACCUUUUAUAGUUUUUUUGGGGGUUGUUUUGGUUUUUGGUUUGGUUGGUUGGUUUUUUUUCUUUUUUCCUGGGGGGUUUUGAGUGACACGUGUUGCUCUCUCACUCCUUCUUUCCGAAGCAGCAUGAAACUGGAAUUCAGAAAUGUAAAGAAACGGUAACUGAACUGGUGUAACACUCCCCGGCGCUUCUUCUCCUGCUUGUUUCUCUGUGCCUGGGGCACCUUCCCUGGGGGCUCUCACUUGGUGCUGCUGCCUGGCCUGCUCUCUGCCCCUCUCUCUGUGGUGUCGCUGGCUUUUAACCCUUGCUCACUUUAGGAUUUUAAUUAUCCAGUAAACGCUGCACGAGGCCGUCGCUUCCUCGCUGCUCUGGAGCUGCCAUUUCACUCCUCCCGGGUGCCUGUGCCCCAGGGCUCUCUGCACUCCUCUUUCUUCUUCUUCUGGGCUGUUUUGGGGUUUUUUUAAGUACGACUGUUACAUCCUUUUUUUCCCUAAAGGGAGCCCAUCUGAAUAGCCCCUGUCUGCGAGGCCUAAGUCAGUCUGAAGCUUUACGGAUCCCGAGGUGUAUAUUUCUUUGUCGCUUCUGUUUUACUUGUAUAAACAUUUUAUUGGAGCCUCUUGCAGUAAAGAGCGAAGUCGAGGUGUAGCUUUUCCUGCUCCUCGCCUCCAAGGCAGCCGGAGGGGCCGGUGCCCUCCUUCAGGGGCUGCCACGAGGUGGGAUUUGGGUUUGUUUGGUUUUUUUGGUAGGAGGUCUGGUUGCAGUCUGUGACGAUGAUGUGAAAACAGCCUUUCCUUUAGAAGCGAAAGGCUCUCUUUUUCAGAAAGAAACCGGUCUGGACCCGAAAGGCAGAGCCCUGGAUGGGUAGAUAACACUCCAAUCCCACCAUUUUAAACAAAGCCUGUUCCUCCUUGGCUUACCUGUGGCCGAGAGCCACCACCACUGUUUUUUCCCCCCCCUGCCCUGUAAGUGGGGUCUGUGGGCACCGGGCUCCUGGCGGCGGGUAAACUGGAGAGGAACGGAGAGUUUUCCAGCGGGACCUUCAUCCCCUGUUCCCCUUGAGGAGCGUUUUGGUGCCCGGGUUGCUUGCUGUGCCCUGCCACGAUGAAGUCCAUAGGUACUGUAUAUAGUCUGUCUGCCCUUUUUUAUACUCCAGGGGCUCUGUGUUUAAUGCAGUCUAUAAUAACCUCGCGUUACGGAGUACUGUCGUGUCCCCCCUCCCUCCCCCUCUCCCCGUAGAUUUGCUCGUAGCAGGAUUCCUGCCUGGAUUGCAUGCCUAGUGUGUGUUUCGUUUCCAGUAUAUGUGGCCUACACACAGAUGAAGGAAAGGUGAAGCGUCCCGCUCGCCAGGACCAGAAGUAGGACGUUGGGGGAGAGGCGCAGGGGGGGAGGGAUCGGGGUCCUGCCCCCGGGGAGGGGACUGGGGGCUCCCCCAGAACCUGCUCCCCGGAGCUCCGCGGGCUUUAAGGGAGCAGUUUGGCUCACUGGAGAAGCUGAGGCAAAAUGAAACAUUAAAAAUCCGCUGGGGUGGAGGAUUUCUAAGGAAAGGACUUACCACACCCUGGAGGGAGUCAGGAUGAAAGAUGCUUUGCUUCCCCUGAGCUUGGCAGGUUUCUGGGCUGCAUGGAAAGGCAGCGUGGUGCUUCCCUCUCUGCUUCCCUCCCCGCUCCCGCUGCUUUGGGCUGAAGGGCUGCUCACCAGGAAGGUGCUCUCCAGUAAAACACUGAUUUCCCAGCUGGGUGGCCGUGCCCCGGUGAGUCAGCCCCUCUGGGCCGGGUGCCCGCUGGCCCCGGAGGUUUUGGCAGGCUCUGGAGCUGGGGCAGCGUGACCGGGGACGGUGCUUUGGCUUGGCUUGGCCGAGGUGCCACGCUCUCUGCUUGCUCUCACCACCCUCCUCCUCCUCCUCCGGCCGUCUCCGGCGCUGCGUGAGGAACAGGAGGCUUCCUCCCAGCUUGGGCUUGAGCUCUGCUUGGUGCUGCCUGCUUAGAAACCGUCCCGCUCACGACUGACAGGUUUUGGGGGGGGGAAGGAGGUGAGGAGGGGUUCUCUGCUAAUUUAGGACUAAAAACCGAGCGCCUUGUGGUGUAGAAAAGCUUCAGUUCCAGCUCUGGGUGUUGGGGCUGGGCUCUCCCUGCCCGGCCAGGGGGAAUUGUGUGACCCUCGAGGGCUGGCUGGGGAAGAACCAGCCCCGUGGGGCUUCUCCCCCCUCAAUCCCCUAAAGAUCCCGUUUGGCAGCUCGGUGCCGGAGCCGCCGUGCUCUGCGGCAGCGCUGCCGGCUCCGUGUGUCGCAGCAGAGAGGAAAACAAAGCAAAAGAUGUGAAAGGACAGAAAGAGCCUCUUGUAACCGGCCGGGGGACGGGAGGAUGAGGCGGGAGGGGGCCUGCGAGGAGGAAGGCCUGGCCCAUCCACCUCCCCCUGCGCUGGCUGACACCCCCCACACCCCCCCAAUCCCUCCCUCGCCCCCGAGCAAAAAAAAUUGUGAUUCUGCUUUGGUAAAAAUGCAUCGGCUGGUAGAAACUCACUCUGUUAGUGCAUAUUUCGAUAUAAAUGUCAAUGUUUCA